UUCAAUUUGAAGCUAGUUUCAGUUUUUACUUUAACUGAAUAAGUAAGGAAAGCAAUUAAACUCUUGCUAUUAUUAUGAAUAAAAUUCAGAAAUAAUUAAAAGGCUGUGUAUACAUGGUCCAUUUUAUCUGGUUCAUGUUCUGCUCAUUCUUUUAUUUUUUAUGAAUCAACUUUGUCCCUGAAAAAUGAAUACGUUUUGUGUCAUUAAAUUUAGCGUGUCUUGUUCGACUGUUGGCAUUGUCUGUAUCUAUGAGUUUUCUUGUUAAGUUCAGUGUACUCAUCUUUUUUGGUUCAUCAAUAAGAGAAGUUCUCUAUUUUGUUUCAGAUCAUCGCUUCUUCUUUUCUUUUUUCCCCUUUUUAGUUUUCAAAAACAGUAGCUUAUGUUCUUGAUUAAAAUCGUUCCGUGAUAAAUUUCCUUUUCUCCUUUUCUUUUUAAAAUAUCAAAUCUUUGCCCUUUUUGCUAGUGAGAAUAUAGUGAUUCUUUCAAAGGACUGCUGGUGUAACUAGUUUUUUGCUUUAAGGUUAGUAGAUCAAUGAUAAGAAUUUGUCGAGUGGACAAGCUAAAAUUUCAUGGAUGUUUUAACAUUAGACAAUUCUGAGGAUAUAAGUCAGUGCCUACAUUGGUCAUCCUUUUCUGGCAAUGAGUGUGAAUUUAGUUUAAAUAUAUGUUUAUUUAAAAAAAAUUAAUACUAGUAUAUAGAGUUGAAGAGCAUCUGCGCCAGCACGACAUAAAGUAGAUGAAGUAAGAGAACCUAAAGAGGUUGUAUGUGAGUUGUUUAGGAAUUGGUGACCAGCGUAGUUGAUAACGGAUACAUGGUUUCUUGUUGAUUUCUGAUUGCUUGUGCUAGCAUUUGUCAUCUUUUUGUGAGAUUGCAUUGAAACUGUUUCCUUUUCUGAUCUGUUACUUCAUAUACAUGAAUUUUCCAUGCUCUGAGAUAGUAGGCUGCAAAUUUAAGGUUGGUUUUGAACUGGAUAUAUAGUGUACACGUAACUGCUAAUAGUAAUUUCACACAAUGCUACAUAGUAGAAGUAUUGGCAUAACACUUUGAGUUGUCAACUGGCGGUUGUCAUGUUUUGCCACUAGAGAUCGUCCCUUCCUUUUCAACUUUUGAAAGCUGCUUGGCUUAAAGCACUCCACUGUGGAAGCCAUGAAAACCUUGUCACAUGAAUAAUCCUUGAUGCCGUGUACAUUAAUUUUCGUGGUGUUCCAAUAACCGUGCACUCUGAAGAGCUAGAUACCAGACUGUGUAGUCGUAUAUAGACGAGGCAGAAACAAUCUUUCCAAUGCAAGCAUCACAACGACUCAGAAGAUCACCCAUGUCUAAUACUCUUUACUAUCAACCAGUGCAGAAGGCAGAGGCUUGCUGUCUCCCUCAGUUUCAAACUUUAGACAACCAUUUGAGCUACAUUAAUGGUAGCCAUGGAUUUUAUCACUCACCGUCAACUGCUAGUUUCUCAUCAAACGGAAGCUCCAUUUGCCAUCAAGAAUCUCAGCCAUACCUAUCAGAUGUUCGCCAAUCCUCUGAGACGACUAACUAUGGCUCCCCCACUAGCGGAUCUUGCAUUACAGAUGGUGCAAAUGAUUUCAUGCACAAGCUAAAGGAAUUGGAAACCGUAAUGCUGGGACCUGAUUCAGACUUUCUGGAGAGUUAUGAUAAUUCCUUGCCGAACAGUGUAGCCUCCACAGAAAUUAAUAGCUGGAGGCAAAUGAUGGAGGCCAUGCCUAGACGGGAUUUGAAACAUGUCCUUAUCGCUUGUGCAAAAGCAGUGUCUGACGGUGAUUUACUAACAGCACAAGUGUUGAUAUCUGAGUUGCGUCAAAUGGUAUCAGUGUCGGGGGAACCGAUUCAGAGAUUGGGAGCAUACAUCUUGGAAGGUCUUGUUGCGAGGUUGGCCGCAUCAGGAAGUUCCAUAUGCAAAUCCUUGAGAUGCAAAGAACCCGCAAGUUUUGAACUGUUGUCUUAUAUGCACAUGCUGUAUGAGAUUUGCCCUUACUUCAAAUUCGGAUACAUGUCAGCUAAUGGCGCCAUUGCAGAAGCAAUGAAGGAUGAAAAUAGAGUUCAUAUCAUUGAUUUCCAGAUCGCUCAAGGGAGCCAGUGGGUGACUCUAAUCCAAGCUUUUGCAGCUCGGCCUGGUGGACCCCCACAUAUACGUGUAACAGGCAUCGACGAUUCCACCUCAGCUUACGCUCGUGGAGGAGGGCUUAAUAUUGUGGGGCAGAGGCUGUCUAAACUCGCUAAGGCUUUCAAGGUGCCUUUCGAGUUUCAUGCUGCUGCCAUUUCUGGUUCUGAUGUUCAAGUUGAAAACCUUGGAAUUCAACCUGGCGAAGCACUGGCUGUAAAUUUUGCUUUUACGUUACAUCACAUCCCAGAUGAAAGUGUGAGCACUGAAAAUCACCGGGAUGGACUAUUACGGAUGGUCAAAAACCUGAACCCCAAGGUGGUUACGCUUGUUGAGCAAGAAUCUAAUACAAACACAGCUGCAUUCUUCCCUCGGUUCCUUGAAACCUUGGAUUAUUAUACAGCCAUGUUCGAGUCAAUCGAUAUGACUCUACCAAGGGGACACAAGGAGCGCAUCAACGUUGAGCAGCAUUGUUUAGCGAGGGACGUUGUUAACAUUAUAGCGUGUGAGGGAAUUGAAAGGGUAGAGCGACAUGAACUUCUUGGUAAGUGGAAGUCGCGGUUUAGAAUGGCUGGUUUUAGCCCAUAUCCAUUGAGUUCAUUAGUGAAUGCUACAAUAAAGAGAUUGCUAGAAAGCUACUCUGAUAAGNAAUACUCUUCUUCCUCUAUGUAAUAGCUGAAGUGCUAAUAGUGGAAAAAACAGGUUCCUUUUUCAAGUGUAUCACUUGAUCAAUCAAAGUUGAAGCUUAUUUCUUGGAAA